AGUCCAAACAAUUCAUGGCGCUAAACGACAUGGCGACGCCGUGUGCGUGAUCUCCGAGUAGACAUGACAUCGCCUACGAAGUCCAUUGAAGUGAAACUGGAGCUGGGCCACCGCGCGGUACUCCGCGCCCGGCCGACGGCAGAAGGUUUCACCCACGACUGGACGGUGUUUGUGCGGGGGCCGGACAACUGCAGCAUCCAGCACUUUGUGGACAAGGUGGUCUUUUUCCUCCACGAGAGCUUUCCCAAGCCAAAGAGAGUGCUGAAAGAGCCGCCGUACCAGGUCUCGGAGAGCGGCUACGCAGGCUUCAACAUGCCCGUGGAGGUGUACUUCCGCACCCGGGAGGACCCCAAGAAAGUCGAAUUUGUGUACGACCUGUACCUCUCCCUGGACGGGACACCCAUCUCCAACAUACGCUGCGAGAAGCUCACCUUCCACAACCCGCCCGAUGACUUCUGCCGCAAGCUGCUCAAGGCCGGAGGGACGGAAGCGAACCGCAGCGGCUCCAACGCCUCUCCUGCACCUCCCCUUCCCGGGGGCACCGUAUCUGCCCCGGCAGAUCGCUCCGGGAGUCCCACUCGAGGAAGCACCGCUCCAGUCAGGUCCAGAAGCGAAGGCCACAAGAAGCCACGCAUGUCCAGCGACAUGGUGAAGAGCCCUCCCGUGGAGCCCCCGCCACCUCCGCCUCCCACUCCUCCGUCCCCUCCGAGGCCCCCAACCCCACUUCAGCCCCCGCCCGACCGCUUUGCGGCCCCCGUCAAGAAGGAGCAGGCGACGUCCGAGAAGCCUGCCAAGACGAAAGAUUCCAAGAGCAGCCAACAGUCCAAAUCAAAGCCAAGCAAAAGCCACAGUAGCUGCCACAAGAGUCAGUCCUCAUCGUCGGGCAAGGAGCACAAAAGCAGCUCAAGAGACAAAGACCGCCACAAAGAGACGUCAAGGGACAAAGCCCGCGACCGCGAGAAACCGCCCCGGGAGCCGAAACCCCCACCACCUCCACCACCACCGCCCCCCGUGCCCACAACCCCAAGUGUCCCAGAACCCGACAUCAAGACGCCCGACAGCAGACCCCCCUCCGACGCGGCGGAAACGCCGCGACGAUCUGAGAAGGCAGAGAAGUCCGAGAAGCCUCCCCAGAAGCACAAGGACAAGGAAAAAGACAAGUCGAGCAGCAAGGACAAGAAGGAGCGUCCUGCAUCCAAGGACACCUGCCCGGCUCCGAAGGAAACUGCAAUCGUGAAGAGCGACGCACCCAAGACAAACUCGAGCAACAACAAGGCGGUGGCGGUCCCCCGCCGUCCACCCUCCCCUCCUCCCCCAUCGAAGAAACCCAAACUGUCUGAGCCGGACCGGCGUAAGAAAGAGUCCAAGUCGUCCCAUCGGGUCAAGGACUCUCCCAAGAAGCCGCCGGACUUGCCGGACAAAAAGCCGCCUCCGGAACCGCCUCAGCCAUGCCGAGUUCCAUCGCCAACAAUUCCGCAGUGUGUGGCACCCUUUCCCAACUCCCCCUCGCCACCGGUUGCCGUCAAGGUCGAAAGUCCGGCACCCGUCAUCAAAGAGGAACCCGAGAGUCCCCGGCCGUCGUCUGUUCCAACAACGAGGGGUCCUCUCAACGCACUCAUGCUCGAGAUGGAGCAGGAGGACCUCCUGUCCCCACUGUCGAGUCCAUCCGCAUCUCCGCGAGAGGAGGACGAGGGGGAAGAAGAAGAAGAAGAGAUGCCUACCGUCACUGCAAACGCGGCACCCGCCGCGGCGAACCCCCCUGUCGUCGCGGACCACCUGCGAGAGCUCCGAGAACUCAAGAGCAGGAUACUCAACCUGGAAGAUCCACACCGGCUGCAGGCCGUAGUGGACCUUGUGGAGGGUACGGGACUCUACAAGGUGACGGAAGCAUCGUUUGACUUUGACCUGUGCGCGCUCGACCCGAUGACGCUGGACAGGCUUCAGGAGUGCCUCAACGGGAGGUGAGGUGCGUCGCUGCGCGCGUCUGCCUCGUGUCGCCAAAGAAACGCGAUUCCCACCAUCGUUCCUCCCGUUCCCCGCCCCGCGCCGGCGCGGAGCAGCGGGGACGGCUGCGCCGCUGCGCAAUCCGUCGGACCGUCCGGUUCGGCAGCUAAACCGUACCUGGUGAAAAUCGUGAUGCAAUACCGGCCGUGGGGUGCCGGCCUCCAACGAGUCAGGCCGCGGCACCCGGAGCGCUUCUCCGACCAGUGCGUCCACUGUGCCCUCCUUAACGGUCUCUUGAUUUCCGCCCGAUAACAUCGCGCGAGCGUUGUGCCCUAGUCCGGCGUGACCCUGGUGGUGGCACUGUGGCGGAACCGGAUGCCUGUUCGGCUGCGGGUCACUCUGCAUCUGGGCAGUUAGCGGAAACUAAUGCAGACAGGAGAUGCGUCCGUUCGCCUUUUUCGCCUGCAUAUCUACAACCUGCCACCAGAGUCGCGACAUCCGGCACUACAACGCACUGGCUCUCGUGACGCAAUUUGUUGCCACUUCGGGACUGGUUUUGAUGCACGGGCAAGGUGGGACGCUAGGCACACCGGUCGAAGAUGCGUUCCCGGCACAGUAGUCCGACCGCUGCAAUUUUUGGCUGUGAGACGUCGGUCCGUGAAACGCCGAGCCACGAGGUGCCCGGUCUGAUACGUGGUAACGGUCCGGGUACCACCGGGUUUUGAGGACGUACCCCGUGGAACCUAAGUGUCAUCAUCGUCCUGGUAGCCCCGGUCCUCUGGUGCAAUUUCGAGGGAAAGCCGACGACGUCUGAUCCAAGGGCAUUUAGAGGUUUCGCGGCCGUUCAAAGGGAAAAGAUGCCGUAUUCUUUAAGAACUGUGGUGGCGUCUUUACGUCCCGACGAGGCCGUGCAGAGAUGCUGUUAACAAGUCUGUUACGUGAUAGGUGCCCUGCUUAUAGUCUUCCUGAUCAAACAAAUUCGUGUUUGGACACCCUCGAGCCAAUUGACAUUCAUGGCAUCAGAUUUUUUCAUGCCUCUGUGGACUGAUCAUAUCUCAACACUCAUCCUGUCAUGUCUCUUUGUUAUGGAACGUCCUACGCAUGUGGUCAGCGGUCAUGAUCAUAAAGGUACUCCAGUUCCCGAAUGUGUCUGGCGGAAGUUUUAAGGCGGAAUGUCCCACCGUGUCUGUUUUCGAGAUUGUAAAUAAAUGUAAUCUUGUUGUAUUAUAAA